AAAACAAAAUAACAAUAUAAAUAGUAAAGCUGAAAUGCUAAAAAUGCUGAAACAAAAAGACCAUUCAAAAUAAAAGUAGCAGAAAUAGAAAAAAAAACAGCGAGCGGAAUAGUCGUAGAACAUAAAUUUCUAGGGCUUCCGCAGCGAACUUCUAAAGUUCAGAACAUGCCAACACAAUCCCCUAAUUUAGUCUAGUUGGUGACAUCGUCGGUGGGACAUACAGCAGACUAAAAUCGUAAAAUCGUACAAAACAUGCCAGCAUAACGGUUUGCAUGGGCAUAUCUCAUUGUGUGUGUGUUGUUGCAAAAUAUUUCAUUUAAAUGCAUUUUUGUUAAGAAAAAGUUAUGGAACUAUAUGGUAUUUCGGGUUUUUAAUUCGCUAUAAUUUAUAUUUUUAAGAAAUCGUUAUGUGAAAAUGUUGCGUAAAAUUCAAAAAAUCAUGCAGAUAUAUUCACAUAAAUGCACCACUACAUAUAUAUUUAUGUAAGGAGAAGUGAAUUUUAAAUACACAUUUAAUUAUGUAGAUCGAAAAUAUAUAUGCUAUAACUAGAAAAUAUGAAAAAAUGUGAACGUGCAGGAGCCUGUAUCUUAAGGUUUCCUUAUAAAAGUGGUUAGACAAUAGUGAAUAUGAAACACAGCUCGUCAAGACACCAAUAAAUCGUUAAAUUCUCUUAUGGAGAAAAGCACAAUGAAGCGAAAACAGAGGCGAUACAGAACCACAUUCAACUCAUUGCAGCUGCUGGAGCUAGAGCGCGCCUUCCAGCGUACCCACUACCCGGACGUCUUCUUUCGCGAGGAGCUGGCGGUGCGCAUCGAUCUUACCGAGGCGCGUGUACAAGUUUGGUUUCAGAAUAGGCGCGCCAAGUGGCGCAAGCAAGAGAAAGUUGGUAACGAUGCGCCGGGUGGCAAUCUGCCAGACACCGAAGAUGGUCUCGGUGCGCAGACCACGUAUGCGGAUGAAAACGCCAUCGCACAGCUGGACAACUCCUUAGGCACCACCUUACUACCAGACACACCGCCCCAGUCCGCAAAUUCGUUGGACAAUGAGCCGAAGGCACCGUUCGGCGCCGGCUGUUUAUCCCCAUCUCGUAUGUCACCAAAUAUAUUUCUCAAUCUCAAUAUCGAUCAACUGGAACGUGGCGGCGGCGUCUCCAUGGAGUGGUCAACUUAUCCGCCCACGAGUACAAUGUCCAGCAUGUCGCAUACGCUGACGCAAUCGAACACGCCAACUCCCUUAAUUAUUACAAACAACAAUAACAAUAACAGCAAUAUGGUGGAUCCGCAAAGCAGCCAUCUCAAUCACAAUACCAGCCUGAGUAAUCAUGUGAGCUUGUUAAGCGGUGGUCUUAACACCUCUCUAGAUCUGGAUGCAACAACAAAUUCGACUUAUGACGAAAUGAAAUUUCUCAACGUCGAUCAAUUUACAAUUGAUAAUUUCAAGGCCGAAUGCAUUCUGAAUUUGGAUCAGGCGCUGACAAUGGAUGAUAAGCCGUCACUGGAUCAUCUGGGGCACGGUUUGUCAUUUGAAACCGGUCCGGCGAUGGAUGGCUGUGGUGUGGUCGUGCAUCCACCGCUGGAACAAAUGCACCACCAGCAACUUCAGCAACAUCAACAGCAACAAAACGAUGAUCAAAUGCAACUGUUGCAUCAUCAGCAACAACAACACGAUGCUCUACAUCACAAUCAGCUGCACCAAAUGCAACACCAACAUCAUCAUCAUCAUCUACAACACUCAAGUCUCUCACAUCUUAUGCACAGCUCCAGUCAACUGCAUAGCUCCCAGCAUCCGAGCGCGUUGAGCUUAGAUUUGCCCUCGUUUAGCUUAUGCGGCGAAGACGAUCAAACCAAAUCGCCUCCUUCUUUGUUGUCGCUAGACAAGCCACUAUCGCUGAACAUCAGUGUGGACGGUAUUGGCGAUCUGGUGGACGAUAAGUUUUAAAAUACGAGGGAAUGUGCUCAGAUUGGAGUAAAGUCAAAAAUUUUAUCGAGGCUAUCCGUGGAAAAUCUUUGAUUCGUAGUAGCAUGAAAUUCAUCAAAUCUUCAAUAUGGUUAAGGUUUUUUUGGAAAUAUUCGGUUCGCGAUAAAAUUUCGAAAACUAAAUGCUUUAAUGAAGCUUUGUCUAAAGUUGGCAGCCUCUCAGCUCUAUUUGAAAGAUACACAGGAAACUCUCAAAUACCGUCUACAUAGUGAUGCUAUCUUUCAUCCAUUAAUAGCAUAUUGUUUACAAGCAAUAUCUAUUACGAUAUAUUAGGUCUAAACAAUAAACACUCUCUUCAGCUGCCACCUAAAAACUUCAAAAAUGCUUUCCUUUUACUUGUAUAUUCACACAAACCCAAAUACCAUAAUGAGUGCCGACUAGUUCUGUUCUAUUCAACUUACUAAUCGAGCAUCCAAAAUACUGUCCAAUCAACAUAUAACGGGGUUUUCAAUAAGGCGCUACAAAGGCUUUUUUAGAUAAAAGAAAAUCGGUUUUGAUCAGACGCUGAACCCAAUUUCGUGGACCAUUUCGUACGAUAACACGUCCAACAAAAUUAGUUUUCAAUAAAUCGAUUGGGACAUUCGCUGUGUGGCUUGUGGCGCCGUCUUGUUAGAACCACAUAUUGUCCUAGUUCACAUCAGCCAAUUCGGGCCAAAAAUAUUCGGUUAUCAUUGAGCGGUAGUGAUUCCCAUUCACAGUACCGAGCUGGUCUUGAUCAUAACGGAAGUAAUAUGGCUCAAAUACGCCGACGGCGCCAGAAAUAAGCCUCAUGAUUUUUCGAUGAAAAUCCGGAUCAUUUUCAAAUUGUUGCUCAGCCCAAUUCACAAACAUAUGACGAUUCUGAUGGUCAAGCGGCUUCAGUUCUUGCGUCAAUUUGAUCUUGUAAGGAUGUAGGCCAAGAUCUUUUCGCAAAAUUCGCCACAACGACGUCACAGAGAUGCCCAACGCUUGAGAACGACGUGUGAGAGACUGAUUUGGGUCUUCCUCAAUUGAUGCGCUAGCGGCAGCAAUAUUCUCGACCAUAAGAUCUUCUUUGUCUCACGGGAACGGGAACGGGAACAUUUUGUACUGUACCUGUGGAUUCAAAUUUUUCCACUAGAUGCUCAAUUGUUGAUCUAUCAAGACGAUUAUAACGACCAUAAAUUGAACGCAGCGCUCUUAAAGUUGAUGCCACUGUCUCCGAAUUUCGGUAGUAAAUUUAAUAUUUAAUAAUUUGGACACAUUGAUGGAUCGUAUAUCUUUCCAUUAUGAAAUGGCAAACCUUACUGAAGAGAAAUAUUAAAAGAAUGAGAAAAAAUAUGGCGUCGUUUGUUGUCCUAAUCGGUCCCCUUUUGUAGCGUCCCAAUGAAAAAUGCAAGUGGAGAGCUUACCGAUUUUUAAUGGCAUUUUUUCUCCCCGAAACCUCUUUGAAAAGUAUUUUUCAUCCUUUACCAUUAGAUAAUCCAAACGAGAGUUAGAGGUCUCGAGUACCAUAACUGGACUACUCAUCAGUGUCUGCUACUCAAAAUGAGGUGCUUGAGGAAUUACUCUUUUAUAAUUCUGCUCUGAGUGAGUUCAUUUAAGGUCAUAGCUAAAAAUAAAUUUAACUAAUCUCUCAUUUCUAGUUAUGUAAUUUGUAUUAGUGUAAGUUAUUCUUACUGAAUUCAGGGGGUUAACGGUGUUUAUGUGAAGUGUAAAUAUCAAUUCCAGAUCAAAUUGUUGAAUGGUUGUAUGGAAGUAUGAGAGUGUGUUAGUCAAAUUCAUUGUUAAUGCUUUUAUAAACGCUUUUAUUUUAUUUAUUUUUUUAUAAUUUUUUAAUUUAACUACUCUUAAGCUAAUUAACUUUUAAUUACUUUAAACUUAGCAAAUAACGUUUUCAUAGUCUAAAAUCUAAAUAAAUUGAUCUAGUUAAAGAAGCAUUGUAUUAGAAAAAUUAAUUAAUCAUUAUAAAUAUUACUUAAGUAAUAAUAUUUAUUAAAAAAUAUGUUUAUGUUAAUAAAAUGUAGCAAAUAUUAUUAGUAUAAUAAAAU